CGGGAGUAACGUGUCAUACGCAUGCGCGUUUCAAGUCUACGUCAGCUCUUCUUUACCAACUAGCUGCUCAAAAGCUACGUGGCUCUCACUGCUCCGACUGUCCUCUCAUCACACACGACCUCCGAACCAGCCGAGAACACCAUGGACCAGGUGAUGCAGUUCGUGGAGCCCAGCCGGCAGUUCGUCAAAGACUCCAUAAGGCUCGUGAAGAGAUGCACCAAACCCGACAGGAAAGAAUUCCAGAAGAUUGCCAUGGCCACAGCGAUCGGAUUUGCCAUCAUGGGUUUCAUCGGUUUCUUUGUCAAACUCAUCCACAUCCCCAUCAACAACAUCAUCGUUGGUGGUUAAAUCCUGGUCAAGAAAAAGCAAACUUCAAUACCUUGGGACAGGAGAUGGUGCUGUAGAGUGUUGGGAUGAUGACUGAUGGGGGUUGGGUCUGAAGGGAUGGCAUUUUUACAUUCUGUGCACAACAUUUGUAUUCCGCUGUGUAAAUAAAACAAAUGGAAACCAA